GUUCCCCGCGUCCCGAUGGGCCUGUGCUACAGCCUGCGACCGCUGCUCUUCGGGAGCUCGGGGGACACCCCCUGCGCCCCCUCAGAUCCCCAAGUGGAGGAAGCGCAGCUCAGCAUCUCUCCAGCCCCGGCCCUGGUCCCAGUCCCGGUCCCGGCCCCAGACCCAGCCCAAGCCUCAGCCCCGACUCCGGCGGGGACCCUGCUUCGGAGAGGCGGUGGCCGGAACCCCGCAGGCUCUGUGGAGCUGCAGAGCCGGCGGCAACAGGAACAGCUGCGCGCAGCGGAGGAGCGGGAAGCAGCUAAGGAAGCAAGGAAAGUGAGCCGCGGCAUCGACCGCAUGCUGCGCGAGCAGAAGCGCGACCUGCAGCAGACGCACCGGCUCCUGCUGCUGGGGGCUGGUGAGUCCGGGAAAAGCACUAUCGUCAAACAGAUGAGGAUCCUGCAUGUCAAUGGCUUCAACCCUGAGGAAAAGAAGCAGAAAAUUCUGGACAUCAGGAAAAAUGUCAAAGAUGCUAUUGUGACAAUUGUUUCAGCAAUGAGUACUAUAAUACCUCCAGUCCCACUGGCCAAUCCUGAAAACCAGUUUCGGUCCGAUUAUAUCAAGAGCAUAGCCCCUAUCACCGACUUUGAAUAUUCCCAGGAGUUCUUUGAUCACGUGAAGAAGCUGUGGGACGAUGAGGGGGUGAAGGCCUGCUUUGAGAGAUCCAACGAGUACCAGCUUAUCGACUGUGCACAAUACUUCCUGGAGAGGAUUGACAGCGUCAGUCUGGUUGACUACACACCCACAGACCAGGACCUCCUCAGAUGCAGAGUGCUGACAUCAGGAAUUUUUGAGACACGAUUCCAAGUGGACAAAGUGAACUUUCACAUGUUUGAUGUUGGUGGCCAGAGGGAUGAGAGAAGAAAAUGGAUCCAGUGCUUUAAUGAUGUCACGGCCAUCAUUUAUGUGGCAGCCUGCAGUAGCUACAACAUGGUGAUCCGCGAGGAUAACAACACCAACAGACUGAGGGAGUCCCUGGACCUGUUUGAGAGCAUCUGGAACAACAGGUGGUUACGGACCAUUUCUAUCAUCUUGUUCUUGAACAAACAAGAUAUGCUGGCAGAAAAGGUCUUGGCAGGGAAAUCAAAAAUUGAAGACUACUUCCCAGAGUAUGCCAAUUAUACUGUCCCUGAAGAUGCAACGCCAGAUGCAGGAGAAGACCCCAAAGUUACGAGAGCCAAGUUCUUUAUCCGAGAUCUGUUUUUGAGGAUCAGCACAGCUACGGGCGAUGGCAAACAUUACUGCUACCCCCACUUCACCUGCGCCGUGGACACAGAGAACAUCCGCAGAGUGUUCAACGACUGCCGUGACAUCAUCCAGAGAAUGCACCUCAAGCAGUACGAACUCUUGUGAGGGCCACCACUCCUCCCUCUUGGCCACCCCACGAGGCAGUGUAUCUCCCUAGCCUGCGUGUCUGUUUACCCCGAGCCAUGGUAGGGCGUAGUGAGUGUUUAGUGUCACCAGGCUGCCAUCUGUCCUGUCCUAGGUAUGCCUACCAGUGACCACCAAGCCUCUGGCUACCUCUGUCCCCCAGGUUUGGUUUCUGUUCCUUUGUUUUUCACUGGACUAAACAUCCCCUCACCACCAACUCUCACAUUGCUGAUACUGCAGUGAAGUGUCUCUGAAUGGGAACCUGUUUAUUUUUUGAUUGAUCGGGGGAUGGGAUGCCUUGUCAAAGACAACGUGGUAAACAGGGGAAAUACAUUGUUUCAAGAUAUCAAGCAUGAUCACAAAACUUACCCAGACAGUGCCAUGCACUGCAGCUCUUUCUGGUUUUCCCUUUAUGAAAUAUCAGGUUAACAGGUAG